UCUAUGCAACCAAAUACUUUAAUUACAGCGUAUAAUAUUUUGCAAUGGCGUUCUUAACUACAAUGGUUCGCAUUCUUCUGUACAUUUUAUCGACCGCUUUCGUUUUUCUUUUCGUUGUCGACUUGACGGAUUUACGGAAUUACCACCUGGAAACCGUAGCCAAUAUGCCGUCAAAAAACAAAUUCCUACGUUUACUCAGUUUCUGCCAGUCGCAUAUCUUCCAUUUCCGUGCUUCAGGUUUACUGCUGCUUACCUGCAUUAAAUUCAACACGAUAGCGGCGUUCACGCAAAACCUGUGGCGAAUGUCAAAGAAGGCAUUUCUACGCGGUUUUAUCCUGUUCUUGGUUUUGUCGUUUGGUCGAAUGAUUCCCUCGUGGAUCGCGCAGCUUAUGUUUACCGACAGCGGAUCCGAUGCGCCUCUGAUCCUGUAUUCUUUCUUCGCCGUUCCUGCUGACGUUAUGGUGAUCAAUAUUUAUGAAAUUGGUGGAUUAGCGAAUAUAAUGGCGUAUCUGUACCUUAGCUAUUUCGUCGUUGUUUGCAUCAUAACGUGUUCGGAGAUGGAGGCACUGCACGCGGCACUGGAAUCGCCAGAGCAAAAUCCGUUCAGUAUCCUGUACAAGUAUUUGGUGUUUCAUACGCGAUUUAACGAAAGCCGGUUGGUAAUGCGGAAUCUGCUGCUGGUGUAUAUGGUGGCGUUGUUUCUGGAGAGCGGCGCGUAUGUUGUGCGAGUGGUGGAUUUAGUGGCGGGAUUUGCUACACAGGAUCCGAAAAGUUUGGUUGAUGAUACGAUUGUCAUUGUGGAUCAGAUUGUGCUGGCUGUCGCGCAGUUAAUGUGUCUGCAUAUGCAGAUGUGCGCGGUUGGCGAUAAGCAUCACCGGAUUCUGGAAAAAAUAGACGAUAUUGGCAACAUUCCAAUCGACAUGCAUUCGAGAAAGGAUGCUUUGUCCACCGAUGCUGGAAACCGCUGUAUAGCUUUGGCAAGGACAUUAUCGGCUUCGGAGCGACCGUUGGGAUUUGCGGUAGGAACGUUCUGUGAAUUCGAUCGCAAGGUUCUCUUGUUGAUGAUUGGCUGUUUGGGGAGUUUAAUCGAAUUUGCCAUCAACCGCACGGAUGAGAUGGGGCAGAACUACUGCUACAUUCCAGUUACCGGCAAUGGAACAACAGCAUGAAUCGCACGGACUGUCAACGCCAGUUCUUCGUUUCGUCCUAGUUCAUUAGAACUCUUUAAUCUAUCCGCAGCGCGAGAGAUAGGGGUAUGCAAACACCGAUUUGCGGACCUCGAUAUUCCGCUGAGCUGCGAGUAUUUUCGAGUGCUAGCAGUGUAAGAAAAUGAUUCCAUGGGAUACAAUGGAUUUUCAUCGCUGUGUCCAUUGUUCGAAUUAGGCAGCAAACCGUCGAUUAAACCGGCUUUCCCGCGGCAGUCCAACUUGUAUAUUAUUGAUCUGUUUGUACAAAGCCAGAUGACGUUAUUCUAAAGCCGGAUAGACAUCCUUCGCUUAAUCUACUAAGUCUUACGUUGUUGUUCUGAUGAUAGGAAAGUGCGGAAUUCUCGAUGUUUUCUAAAAAGCAUGCCUUUUCCAUUUCCCAAUAUCGGUGAUGUAAAGCCGUUGUAAAAUUCCCUUGGCUU